AAUUUUGAGACGGUGUAACAGUCAGUUUUCGAUCCAAAAUGAAUUGCUAUGAAAAUAAGACUGCGGAUAACAGUCCUGUGCUAGAAAAACCUGCGAAAAAAGGUAGUCUCUAUGGCGGGCUUAAAUUUAUGUGUCUAUGGUUAGUUUCUUCUCUAAUUACAACUGCGUAUACCAACACAAGUACUAGAAUAUCAGCAUUAUGGCUGAUUUUUAACACAAGCGAUACGUUUUUGAUGCUAUUAUCCACUAUGCUGUUGGGGUACGGUUUGAACACUGAGAAUCCAUAUGUGGUACUUCCAUGGAUCGCUGUAUCUGGUUGGAAUAUGUAUCAUUUAGAACUGAACGGGUUUUUAAACUUCUACAAUAUCUUUACUAAAGCAAAAUAUGCUUCGAGACUGGGAUCGCUAACAUGUGGAAUCAUGUUUUUAACAAUAGUUACAAAAGCCGUGCUAAUUAUAAGAGUGGCCAGCUUAGGAGCGAAGAUGUGGUAUCAAAACAAAUUGCAACAAGAUACAUUAAAGAAGAACAACUAACACUAAUCCGAAGAUGCUUUUAUACCAAAUUUAUUACAGUAAUAUUACAAAUAUUCAGAUAAUAAAAAAAUAAAUAACACCA